CUUCCUCUCUUCUUCCUAUCCUUCAAACCUCAUCUCCUUCUUUCUCUAUAUAAACCCCUCCAUUCACAUUUCUUAUAAAAUUCAACCAGAUUUUUCAACCUCCCAUUUUAUCCAUUUGUCGGAUUUUCAAUUUCAAUCUACUUUUUUCUUCUUUCAGUUCUGUUUGCCUCACUCGUAGAGAAGAAGAUUUUCUGGAAAUCGAGGUGAUCUGAAGAUGAAUAGUACUUUAGUCCGAGGAUAUUUGGCUCCGGCAAACGAUUUCCAGCCGAAUUGCCGGUCGAGAGCAGUUUUCCCUGAAGAAAACCGUGUUUUGGGGCUUAGGGUUGGUUCCUCAUUCGACGAAUCUCAAUUUGAAUCGGUUGAAUCGCAGAAUGAAGGAUCGUAUUCAUCAUCGCCGGAGGGUGAGAUCUCCAAAGAAAUGGAUCACUCCGAUGCAAUUCUCAAGUACAUAGGCAUCAUGCUCAUGGAGGAGGAGGAUUUGGAAAACAAACCCUGUAUGCUGCACGACUGCUUGGCUCUCCAGGCUACUGAGAAAUCUCUCUACGAUGUUCUCAACAACAACGAUUCUUCUAAUCAAACCGACUCCACCGCUAGCGGAAGCUCAUCCGAUAUCACCAGCUUCCUCGAGUCAAAUUGGGCUGAAAAUAUUAGGGAUUUCGAAUCUAGCCUUAGCCCCUCCGAAAUUCACUACCAAAAUUUGGCGCCGAGGGAUAAGAAGCACAGAUACAGAGAAGACAACAGCGGCGAUUACAGGAGCAAUAAACAGUUAGCCAACAAUGUCGGUGGUGAGCCGGAGGAGUUGGAUAUGUACGACAAGGUGCUCUUGUGUUCCAACUCCGACAACGCGUUGGUUUCCGAUUGCGAGACGAAGACUAAAUGGCAGCCUAAGGGAGCAACCAGGGGUCGGCCGAAAGGAGGCAAGAAACAGCAAGGAGUGAUCAAGGAAGUGGUGGAUCUGCGGACUCUGUUGAUGCAAUGCGCGCAGGCUGUGGCCACCUUCGACAGCAGGACCAUAAACGAUCUGCUGGCUAAGAUACGGCAGCAUUCCUCCCCACGCGGCGACGGCACAGAGCGCCUCGCCCAUUACUUCGCCAACGCGCUCCAGGCGCGUGUGGCGGGCACUGGCUCCGCGGCUUUAUUCCACCGGAUAUCAGCCGCAGUGAUGCUCAGAGGCUACCAGACAUACAUCAAGGCUUGCCCUUUCAAGAAAAUGUCCAAUCUCUUAGCCAACAAAACCAUCAGGAAACUCGCUGAUUCCGCCACAACCCUUCAUAUAAUCGACUUCGGCAUCCUCUACGGAUUCCAGUGGCCCUGCCUCAUCCAGGCCCUCUCCGAGAGGCGCGGUGGCCCCCCCAAGCUCCGCAUCACAGGGAUAGACUUCCCUCAGCCGGGCUUCCGCCCGGCUGAGCGGGUUGCAGACACGGGCGACCGUCUCGCUAGGUACUGCGAGCGAUUCGGGGUACCGUUUGAGUACACGGCGAUAGCCCAGAAAUGGGAGAGCAUCAAAGUGGAGGAGCUCAAGAUCGAGAGGGAUGAGCUGCUGGUGGUGAACUGCCUUUACCGGCUGCAGAACGUGCCGGAUGAGACGGUGGUGGCCAACAGCCCGAGGGAUCAAGUGCUGAAGCUGAUCAAGAGGAUCAACCCUGACAUGUUUAUCCAAGGAGCUGUCAAUGGCACCUACAACACGCCCUUCUUCGUGACGCGAUUCAGGGAGGCGCUGUUCCAGUACUCGUCCAUGUUCGACAUGUACGAGGCGACAGUGCCCCGGGAGGAUCCCAACAGGCUGCUGUUCGAGGAGGAGGUGUUCGGGAAGGACAUCACCAACAUUAUAGCGUGUGAGGGGACGGAGAGGCUCAACUGGCCGGAGACGUACAAGCAAUGGCAGGCCAGGACUGUGAGGGCCGGGUUCAGGCAGCUUCCGCUGGAUCAGCAGAUUGUGAGAUGCGUCAGGAGCAAGGUGAAGGAAGAGUAUCACAAGGACUUCUCGGUUGAUGAAGAUGGCAAAUGGAUGUUGCAGGGAUGGAAAGGCCGAGUUCUUCACGCUUUUUCUUGCUGGAAACCUGCCCACAACUGAUUCUUCCCACUUUUUAAUGAAGUAUUACAAGUAGCUCAGAGAUUCUCUUUUGACCCAAGAUUUCUUACCAUAUAUUUAUGAAUCCACUAUUUCAUUUCUCACUUCUUUUGUUUAGAGCGAUAUCUUCUUGUAAUAAUGCAGAGACUUUGUAUUCGUAAAAUGUCAUAUAUAAAAAAUUGAUAAAGAAACAUA